AUCUCUCUUCGAACUACCGCUGAAGUUCCGUUCACGAAUCUGAGAUUCGGACAGGCCUGAAUCAACCAGGGAGGUAUAUCGACCGCUAGUCGAGUACCAGUGCCAGCUUCACUGUUCUAGCUGUCAGCUGUUCUUUCCGGUCCGUCGCUGGUGUUGUACAAUAUCCUGCUAUUGCACCGAGUAGAGGCCAAACCCUGUACGUAGGCAAACGGGAAGUGUCAAAAAAAAUCGAUUUUCUAGUUCCGCGACUCUAAUAUGGUAGCGGUGACGACAGUUUCGAGUGAUUUUCCAGCUGAAUGUAUCUAAUCUGUCUAUUUCCUCUUAAAAUUGUUGAAUGAAUACCGUGGCGUCUCUGUGAAAAUUUUAGUCAGUCUCAGCGAAUGAGUUUUUCGUGCUGUAGGAAUGAAAGACAAAGGCGCGCACGCUCAGCAUCCAGACAGCGAUGAGACCGAGUCUUUCUAGUGAAUUUUUAGUUUUUGUGCGUCGCUGAUUUUUCGCGUUUCCACUUGAAAAUGUCGAUUUUGAAAUUGGCAAUGUGUCGGGAAAAUAUUGUGAGUUCUCGCAGUCACGGUUACGUUGCCUAGUGCUAUUUUAGUUCAAGUCAAUAUUGCUGUGUUCAAGUGGUCCGGGAUUUGACAGAAAGGUACUUCGUCCGGCUUGAAUACGGUCAACAUCGGCGACAGCUUCCCAGGGUCGGCCUGUUUGGAAAUUAUUGCCAAAAUGUUGUGAUACGAAAAUGCGAAAACAAGCGUAGAUAAUAUACAUGUCUUGCGAAAAUGGAAAGGAUGGUGCUCAACAGCCCAAAGCUAUGCUGACAACGGUUGGGAACAAUGAAGUGUUUAAACGACCUAAUUGCUGCCAGACACCAACAUAUAUCAAGUAAAUUAAGUGCAUCGGAUUUUGACGAGCGGUUUGUAGCAGUAAUUAAUAUCUUCAAUGACUUCAUAUUAAAUAUUUCGUAUUGUUGUGAUGAUAAUAAUGUUAAAAAGCCAGUUGUUCAGUGUGUUCCCGAUAAGUAAUUUACAUGCUCUAAUCUCCAAUGAAUCUCGAAGUGUACAAGAGUAAAACGUAGUAUUAAUGAAGUAAGAUUUAAGGAAGUUACUCAAGAGUUUAAUAGAUACAUAUGUGAAGUUCUAGAUGGUUUUGCCGUGUGCGAGACGCUCUUAUGUAUAAUUACUACGUAAAACUUUUUGUUAGAAGCAUUUAACUCCGGUAAAAAUCUUAUUGUGUUCUUAAAAUCUUAAACGAAUUGCUGCGGUGGCAGAAUGGACGAGGGGAAAAUUCAUCUGCCACUUUUCACCAAAGACGAGCCAAAUUCAGCCGUUAUACUUCCCGUGGGUGCUGUGACCUACCAAACCAACACGCCAGCUGUUCUGAACACAGCAAAAAUGCAACCGGAUUUCGUGGAAAACCUUAAAAAUGGUGCAGCGAACUUUGGCUCACAAAAUAACAUAUGCAAUGGAUCCGUGUCCGGUAAUCAUAUCCUGGCCCGCAAAGUUCACAAUAAUAGUCCCAAUGGACAGAAGAAGCCGGACGUGACGCUGACACAUUUACCAAAACGGCCGCCUGUUGAUAUUGAAUUCACGGAUCUCUCCUACUCCGUAUCGGAGGGACGAGCACGCGGAUUCAAAACAAUCCUGAAAGGCGUCAGUGGGAAAUUUCGAUCGGGCGAAUUGACGGCUAUAAUGGGACCAUCAGGUGCAGGAAAAAGUACUCUUAUGAAUAUUUUAGCAGGAUACAAAACAUCACAACUGAGUGGAUCCGUCUUGAUAAAUGGCAAAGAGCGAAAUCUACGUCGUUUUCGGAAGCUUUCCUGUUACAUUAUGCAAGAUGAUAAGCUGAUUCAAUACCUUACAGUCCGCGAAGCCAUGAUGGUAUCAGCGAACCUCAAGCUAGGCAAAGACAUGACAAAGGAAACGAAGAAAGUAGUUGUUGACGAAAUCCUCGAAACUCUAGGCUUAAUAGAAUCGAGCAAUACGAAAACUCUGAACUUAUCGGGCGGACAACGUAAACGGCUGUCAGUCGCCCUAGAACUGGUCAAUAAUCCUCCUGUGAUGUUUUUCGACGAGCCAACCUCAGGUCUGGAUAGUUCGACAUGCUUUCAACUAAUUUCAUUGCUCAAAUCCCUGGCACGGGGUGGCCGAACGAUCGUUUGUACGAUUCAUCAACCAUCAGCGCGUCUAUUUGAGAAAUUCGACAACCUUUAUAUGCUGGCAGAGGGACAGUGCAUAUACCAAGGACGUGUCAGAGGGCUGGUUCCCUUCCUUGCUGCUAUGGGAUAUGAAUGUCCUGGUUACCACAAUCCCGCGGACUAUGUGAUGGAGGUGGCGUGCGGGGAAUAUGGCGAAAGUGUUCAUAAGCUAGUGAUGGCCGUUAACAACGGUAAAUGUAAGAAUUAUAAUCAUUCGAAUUUAACGGAUCUAUCAAAUGGAAUUGACGCCAUAACGAAUGGCACGACUGCAUCGAACAUUUCAAAUGAUCUCUUGAAAGGUAACAAGGGGCAACUGCCCUCAACAGGACCAGUUGCGGAAACACAGAACAGUGAUAGCCUUAAACCACCGAAAUAUCAGCAACAGGACUCGCUGUCAUCGAACCAGUCGGACUGCACCAUCAUCAACAUGCCAAACAAUGAGGAUGGAGUGACCAAGAAUCCAAUAGGGUUGUCAGGCGUGGCGACAUGUACAACAUCCUUGCUGGACUCGAAUGAAAGUGUAGUUACUCUGCCUAACAAGGCCGGAUUCCCAACGAGUGGAUGGGUUCAGUUUUGGAUAUUACUGAAACGAGCCUUCCUCACAAUCAUGCGUGAUAAGAUGCUAACGCAAAUGCGCUUAGUGUCACAUAUUAUUGUAGGUGCUAUAAUCGGUAUGAUUUAUUACGAUAUCGGAAAUGAAGCAUCGAAAGUGAUGAGUAACGCCGGUUGCAUAUUUUUCACAACGCUAUUCACGAUGUUCACGGCAAUGAUGCCUACAAUUCUGACUUUUCCUAUGGAAAUGGCUGUUUUUAUAAGAGAACAUUUGAACUACUGGUACUCGUUAAAAGCUUUUUACUUUGCCAAGACACUGGCUGAUUUACCAUUUCAGAUUAUCUUUUCAAGUGUAUACGUAAUAGUUGUUUACUAUCUAACAUCACAACCAAUGGAACCACAACGCAUAACAAUGUUCGUAGUGAUAAAUGUACUGACAUCGCUGGUAGCCCAGAGUUUGGGUUUACUAAUCGGAGCUGGACUUAAUGUGGAAGCUGGUGUAUUCCUGGGACCAGUCUCAACGAUUCCUACAAUAUUAUUCUCGGGAUUCUUCGUCAAUUUCGAUACAAUCCCUGGUUAUCUUCAGUGGGUCACAUAUGUCAGUUACGUUCGAUAUGGAUUCGAAGGUGCAAUGAUUUCAAUCUACGGUCUUGGUCGGGAAAAACUCAAAUGUUCAACGAUUUACUGUCACUUCCGUAGCCCAAAGAAAUUCCUGGAAGAAAUGUCUAUGGAUACAGCCGAGUACUGGAUUGAUGCCGUAGCGUUAAUAGGAAUUUUCUUUGCAUUAAGGAUCAUCGCGUACUUUGUAUUACGCUGGAAAUUACAUUCCAUCCGUUAAUAUUUAGCAUCUUCUUUAUAAUUCAAUAUAGGACUAUAAUCUAAUUAGGAUUAAUAUUGUAAUAAAAGUAAAACAAUAUUUACUUUAUUUUAUACGUACACGGACACAUCUGCAUCUUAAAGAAAUAUUCUAUACAUAAGAAGGAUUUUAUUAUGAUUUUAUGUACUCAAGAGGAAGGAUUACAGUUUCAUAUUUAUUAGCAGGCUAUACUAUAUAUAUAUAUCAUUCAGUACAUAGAUCUGUGAGGAAGAAUUUUUUCAACUGUAGCUUUAGGCAAAAUCAGUAAUCUGAAGUAUGCUAAGUAGGGAAUUUAUAUAACAAGAAAUUUGGCAGCGAGUAGUUGGCUAUUGGGUAGGGUACGUGGACUCGAAUUUAUUCUAUUAUUACCUUUCGAAGGUUGCUUUUAUCCUGGAAUUCGGGUCAUAUUUUUUACAGAUCAGAUAUUGAUUAUUGAUC